AGUGCUACAGACACAGCAGACGGCAAGCGAGAGGCUCAAAGUUUAACACAAAAGUUACAACAAGACAGGACUACAGCAUCGCUGAACACUCAGCACAGAGCUCGGCUGCCCGUUGUUUCCAGCCAACAUUAGUGACUUAGCGUAGUUGUCAAAAUGGCGAAUGAAGGUGCAGCUAAUGUGAAUCCGAAUGCCGAGAUUGUGAGAGGACAGGUGUUCGAAGUCGGCCCCAGGUACACCAAUCUCUCGUACAUGGGCGAAGGCGCCUACGGGAUGGUCGUGUCGGCUUAUGAUAACGUGACAAAAACAAAAGUGGCGAUCAAAAAGAUAUCACCAUUUGAGCAUCAGACCUACAGCCAGAGGACGUUAAGGGAAAUAAAGAUCCUCACGCGAUUUCGGCAUGAAAACAUAAUAGACAUAAGGGACAUAAUACGAGCACCGAGUAUCGAUCAGAUGAAAGACGUCUACAUAGUUCAGUGUCUUAUGGAGACAGAUUUGUACAAACUAUUAAAGACACAGGCGAUCAGCAACGACCACAUAUGCUACUUUCUCUACCAGAUUCUCCGCGGGCUGAAGUACAUUCACUCAGCCAACGUCCUCCACCGGGACUUAAAGCCCAGCAACUUGCUCCUCAACACCACCUGUGACCUUAAAAUCUGCGACUUCGGGUUGGCCAGGGUCGCGGAUCCGGACCACAACCACGCGGGCUUCCUCACGGAGUACGUAGCUACAAGGUGGUACCGAGCCCCGGAGAUCAUGCUCAACUCCAAGGGCUACACCAAGUCUAUAGACAUCUGGUCUGUGGGCUGCAUCCUCGCUGAAAUGCUGUCGAGGCGCGCUAUAUUUCCUGGUAAACACUACCUAGAUCAGCUGAACCACAUCCUGGGGGUUCUGGGCUCGCCUUCUGCUGAGGACCUUGAGUGCAUCAUCAAUGAGAAGGCAAGGAAUUAUUUACAAUCGUUACCGUACAAACCCAAGGUACCCUGGACUUGUUUGUUCCCCAAUGCAGAUCCACGAGCGCUGGAUUUGCUCGAUAAAAUGCUGACGUUUAAUCCUAAUAAGAGGAUUGUUGUUGAAGAUGCACUUGCACAUCCCUACCUCGAGCAGUAUUAUGAUCCCGCUGAUGAGCCUGUAGCGGAAGAACCAUUCAGAUUCGAUAUGGAGCUAGAUGAUCUUCCAAAAGAAGUUCUAAAGCAGUAUAUAUUCGACGAGACCGCACAGUUCGCUGAAAACCACCGGGAUAACCCAAUGUAGUGAACUACACUUUAAAAUAAAACGGAAAAACCUUGAUCAUCGGCGUAAACUUAUCAAAUUAUUUAUAAGAUUGUGUUUAAAUUUAUUAGAU